AUGAACCAUCCUAAUAUCCCCACUAGGCGACCGGUUGGUAUACAAUUAGCAACGGGGGUAGAGGGACCAGGUAUAUAUGUUGGAUCAGAGAAUAAGAGCAUUGAUAAGGGAGGAUCAUGGUUACAAGCUGUAGGAAAUCAAACGGCAUCGAAUUCCUUCCUUUUGAGAAUUUCGCCGAAUCCUUUGCAAACUAUCGACGUCCGUAAACAGCAUUUAGAAAUGGGCGAUGCAUUGCAAGCGGAAAUGAAUUUCGCGGACAUGGUUUUCUCGGAUACUGACGACAACACAGGCGAUGAGCUAGAAAGGAGCGAAUUUUCCGCAGAUGAUGAUGAACUGUUCAAUAAAACAAUCAACACUAGUCUAAGGUGGGGGUCUGUAUCGCCAACAAUUAGUGCAACUAAGUUAAAGGUCUAUAAAAAAGUUGAUAGAAAAGAACUUAAAGGGUCUAUAUACCAUGCCAGAAGACCGAUGCCGAAGAAAUCCGUCCAUUUUGAUUAUUUACCAAGAAAGACUAUAAAAGAGCAACGUGAAAAGAUAGACGUCCUAGAGAGACGUCGUUCUUCUAGGAAACACUCCAUUUUAACACUGGAUCCAUCCAUAGGUUCCACAAUGACUAUGGGAAUAGUACAAACAGCUGCUGAUGUGAGGAACGAUGUUAAAAGCCAAAUAUUGGCUUAUCUUGGACCCCAAAAACACCAACUGAUGCUUUCAUUAGUCUCAGCAAGUAGCCCAGAAAACAAUCUGAAGUGCUACAGUAGAGUUGGCGCUAGUAUAAGCUUCUCCUCUAAGAUCAUUUCGAUCAAUUUUCCAAAACUGGCUUACUCCUUUUCUCGUGCAUCUGAUGUUAUUGGUAUAAUAACCAAGACUUCCUUACACAUAUUAAAGGUUAAAGGGAUAGACCGCAAAACCGGGGAGAUAGAUUGCGUUUUGUUUAAACCGCUGCAUUUCUCUCAGCUUGGCGACUUUCCCUUGGCAGAUAUUGCAUUUAAUCCAUGGGACAUGAACCAAUUUGCAUUGAUAGACAUACAGGGGAAUUGGUCCAUUGGUCAAAUACCAAAAUCCGCAACCAAAUAUGGAGACGUACUUUCCUUGAGUCUCGAAUCAAGAGGUAGCGUAUUUCAACCCGACCACACAUCCCUUAUGAAGAGGAUAGAGUGGUCAAACUCAUUCAGCAGGCUCCUUAUAGUGGACCCAUAUGGAAUGACAGAGAUCGACUUUUCUGAAAAUUGGCAAGUGGAUUUAGUGGAAGCCAUUACUUGGUCCGAAAUAAGAGGCUUCAAGAAUAUCGACGAGUCUUAUUCAGUUCUUCUAACCUCACGGGAAAUUAUAUUUUUGAGCACGUUUAUGCACCGGGAGACCAAAAGAGAACUUUCCUGGAAACACGACUUGGAUACAACUGACAAAUCCCUCACAAUUUCAGUUCAAAAAAUCAACUGUUUAAAUGGUACUGUUGUCCUAUCCACCAUUCAUUCCAAAAAGCACAAUACAAUAUACUUGCAUCCAUUUUCGAUCAACAACGAAGUUAUCCAAUCCCUUGGACAAGGUAUCCUGCUGAAAAUACCAGGUGAAAACUUGGGCAUAGAUCAAAUUUCAGAUUCCGAGCAUGAGGUAGACGACUACUUGGAAGAAUUUUGCAAGAAAAUAGCAUUGAAUAUUUUUGUUAAAAUGUCCGAGUGCGAAAAUAUCUACAAUCUGGCAUUGGAAAAACCUUCAGGUGAAAUUAAUGACUUUUUGAAAGCUAGUAUUUCAAAAAUAGGAACUAACCAGAAAGAAGACUUAAAAACCAGAUGGUUAGCAACCACAAAAGAUAUUGACUUUGUCACCGAAGAUUUUAUUCAUAUAAAUGAUACUUAUUUCCGAGCACCUUCCAACUAUGAUGCUGAGGGCGACACUGAACUUUUACAGAUGUACGGGUAUCGGUUGUCGGAAGCGACGAAUUUGUAUCUGACAACACAAAGUGGGGAUAAAUUGGCCAAUGCCAAGACUUUUGAAACCCUACUGAGAGAAGUUGCACCUUUAGAAGGGCAUUUUGAGGACAUGGAAGAAUUGAACUCACUAUUAGACCAGUUUUUCAAAUAUUAUGAAAAUCAAGAUAUCUCAUUUCGACAACCCAAGACACUCUUUAGUAUUUUGUUGCAGGAGCACGUUGACAAUGUGGAUGUUUUUUAUAGCAAGCUGCUUCAAUGCUGGGCCGCUAUGAAUACGGAUAUAACCAAUAUUACAAGAGAGAUAGUAAAGCAACUACUUUGGUCAUACCUUGGGGUGUUCAAGAAGAGAUUAUACACUGACGAGAUUAGUCAGAUCAAAAAUAACAUAUCCGGACAGUAUAAGGAUAUAUUGGAUGAUUGGGAUACCCCACUAGAGAACGUCGAAGAAAACAAUCAAGAGGACUUUACGUCAUCCACGUUGCCGCUCGGCUCUCAAUCUCAAAUACAAUUGAAAAGUAGCCAGUCCCAGAUCCCUAUUAUUAAGUCAUCUCAGAAGACCAAAAAAAGUCGUCCAAAAAUCAAACACCCGCUCGAUUUGAGUAGCAGUCAAAGAAAGGCUGAUUCCACUGGUGCAGGGUUCCCAUCGUCACAAUUAUCAAGCUCUCUACCUUACAACAUGACACCCGCAUUUUCACUUAUGCAACCACCGAUGCUAUCGUCGCCUGUACCCAGUACACUAAUGUCAUCCCAAACAAAUACUACCACCAGGAAUAAACGGAAGAGGAAAAAGGUGGGCGGCUUCACUUGA